AGCCGGUACCAUGAAGGCAAAGCCAAAGGGCCCCGACAACAAGGCCUACGAGCUGGUACCCUCUAUGGAGCUGACUGCCUCAGUCAACCUCGUUGGGCAUCAAGCCUUGCACAAUGGGCCUGCAGGCUCUAGGAGGCCAGUACCGGUGUUCCAGGGAGCCAAGCUGAUGGAGGAAGGGAAGAUGCAUCACUCUGUGGAGCACCUCAUUAACCCCCCUGGCCCUGCAGCACGACCACACAGCCCAGAACACACAGACAGUUAUACCUACUGUCUCCUCCCUCCACCCUACCAGGGUCGUCCCAUCACACCAGUGUACACCAUGACCCACAACAUGCAGCGUAUCCCCACGGCCAGUGGUCUGUACGGAGCAGGCUAUAUGCCCAUCACCAACUACAACGCUGCUGCCCUGGCAGCCCUGCAGAAGAACGCAGCCGUGGCCGCUGCAGCCUACGGAGGGUACGCGGGGUUACGCCAUGCCCCAGGCCUUCCUGCCGCAGCGUUUCAGGUGCCCAUCCACGACGUCUACCAGACCUACUGACAACAGAUACCAGACCUACUGACAACAGAUACCAGACCUACUGACAACAGAUACCAGACCUACUGACAACAGAUACCACACCUACUGACAACAGAUACCAGACCUACUGACAACAGAUACCAGCUACCAGACCGACUGACAACAGAUACCAGCUACCAGACCGACUGACAACAUCUACCAGCUACCAAACCUACUGACAACAGCUACCAGCUACCAAACCUACUGACAACAGAUACCAGACCUACUGACAACAGCUACCAGACCUACUGACAACAGCUACCAGACCUACUGACAACAGCUACCAGACCUACUGACAACAGAUACCAGACCUACUGACAACAGAUACCAGACCUACUGA